AAAACGCAAAAUGGCGGAAGGAUAGAUGACAACACGCAGAAAUGGCUUCUAAAGCCUCGGCGACUUUAACCAGUUUUAUGACAGGAUACUACGGACCAGCCUCGUGUAGCUCACGAGGGUUUCAGAGUUUAGUGAGAGCCAUCGGUGAAGCUAAAUCUAAGCAUGUAAGCUUCUACAAUUUAUGUUUUCUGAUCUACAGUUAACACAGAACUGAGGUUUCUCUUUUAACAGCUAGCAAACUCCGAUCCGAGAGAAAGGUUGACGCACCACUCAUGUGCAUUUUUGUAAUCUAAAUCUCCUUAAUUUUGCUUUAAAAGCCGUAGAGUUCGGUGAAAAUCUCAUUUACGUAAGUUAAAAGCAAACUAUGUGAUAUUGAAAAAGUGUCAGCUGUUUAGGUAGCACAGGUAACCCAAGCUUGGGAUUGGAGCGACAAAAUAAUUAAUGUCCUUCGCAUUUACAUCGUCAAUACACUGUACUGUACGAUUUCGUUUGGUAGAGCGUGAAUUAUAAGGGUUCUAUGAUAUAUUAAAUUAAACAGCUGGCCCUGGUUGUUCAAACGUUGGAUAGCACAUACUUAUCCAGCAGAUAAGUAUUUGGGAAAACAAUUGCGGUGUCCACAGGAUAGAGACUUAUUCAUUGGAUAGCACUACCUGCCUUUUGAACAACUGGGGCCUGGGGGUGAAAAACUAAAUUUUCUUCUCUUUGGCAGAUUCUAAAAUCUGAAGUUGAUGAAUUUUAGCCUGCAAAAUCUCCCCAAAUUUUCCAAGGCAUUAUUAUGUGCAUAAUAAUUUUAUGGUUUCUGGUAAUAAUUAAGACUACUGAAUCAGAUUCAUUGAGUGGGAAGAGAAAACUAACAGUCCAUUUCAUGUUGUCUUUUUUUUUAUUCAAGGAAGAGGACAGAAUUGCCAAAAGGGAACUGAGUUUGUUAAAAGAUAAGAUGACCCAACGUGACACAUCUCCGGUAAGAGGCAUUUCUUUAAACUUACAAAAACAACACAAUGCUGAACGUUAUCUACCUAUUUAUAGAAACAAACAAAAGGUGGUGGACAAAACACUGACCCCAAGUCCAUGGAGUAACCCCAAGGACUACCCUAAAAUGGACUAUGCCACUAAAGUUUAGUGGUUAGGGUUAGGAAAUAGAUCAAUACAUGUAUGUGUUUAAUCACCUUACGAAUGAAAGAAGGUCGAAACGCACAUGAUCAGAUUGUGUUCUACAUGUAUAUGUUCCACUUAUUCUCCACAUAAGUCAAAACGAAAUUGGAAUUCUGGCUACAUAUAUUGCACUCAUGUGUAAUAGCAACCUGGAGAUAAAGACAUGACAAGAUUUAACCCUGUAAUUAAAUGAAUUGACAGUGAAAAGUUAUUUAAAAAACACGAGGUUGUUGGAAAUAAUUAUGGUUGGUAACAUUAAGAAAUUUCUUCAUAAUAAUGUUAAAUGUAUUUUGUAAUUAAUACCAUUGAUGUUUUGUUAUGUUUUUAGAAACAGAUAAGGGAAUAUUUAGUGCGUUUAAUUUACUGUGAGAUGUUGGGCCAUAGUGCAUCAGAUUGUUAUGCCGAAGCUGUCAAAUUUGCACAACAGCCAAAUAACCUGGACAAGCGAGUUGGUGAGUUCAUCAGUCUCAUAAAAGUCACACCAAAGAUUCAAAUGUAUGACUUGCCAACCCCCAAGAGGCAAACCAAAUAGCUUUGAAAAGUAGUGAGAAGUGGGAAAAAGUCAUGGGAUUUUAGUUAUCAGAUUUCUAGAGGUCACAUAUCAUUUUAAAGCUGGAACAGUAAGAAUCACAAUCAAUUUUCUUUGUUGCUGCUGACAUCUGUAUCACUACUUUGUUGGUGGCUGUCUUGAAAUGAAAGAUUUAGGUUUUUAUUUUAAUGGUGAGUCUGCUCAUUUAGACUGUGAGGCAUUUCUUUACAUAUUGUACAUGCAUGUAGAUUGCAUAAUUUUACUUUCUUUACUUUGAGAAGUUGCGACUUGGCAAGUCUUAUGUACUUAGGUUGAUGCAAUUCUUAAGUGAUUUGAAAGUACAGUCAACCUUCUCGUAAGCAACCACCCUUGGUGCACGACAAAGUGGUCGCUUAUGGGAGGUGGUCAUCUACAGGAAAAAUCAAGAAAGUACAUGCUCAAACUGAACUUAUUAACAUAAUAUAAACAUGUAAUUUCAUAAAGUAACCUUAAAGGCUAAAACUUAGGCAAAAAGACAUUAUUAUUGGGAAUUAAAUCUUAUAUACGUCGAAUAGUGCUUGGAACUGUUGAAACAAUCCACUUUUUACCCAUAGAUAUUAUUACAGUCAUCGUUUGUGCAAGUCAGCUGCUAUAAUCUGUCGGCAUGCUUGGUCAGAGCUAUCAAAAACAGAACUUUUGUGACAUUCAAGGGCUUUGUAGUAAUAUUAUUAUACGUGAUCAUCUGGGUGGUCACUGGAAAACAGAAAACAAGAGAAUACAGCAGAAUCCCAGUAACUGGAACUGUGGAGGGAAAUGAAAAGCAGUUUGUGUUAGUGGGGAAUUUGAGUUAUCAGGGUAAAAUUAAUUUCCAUGAAAUGUUGAUCAAGGGAAAAGAAAUUUACUUUGAGUUAUCGACAGAGGUUCCACUAUGUCAAAUUUCUGGUUCAAAAAGUGGUUGUGGUCAUUUACAAAUUUUAUUAGUGGUCUCAUAUGAGAGAGCUUUUGAAAAAGUGUUUUACUGAGAAACUUAUCGGUUAUUUUCAAGCUCAGGUCGCUUAUGAGACAAGAAGUGAUUACUGUGAGAGAGUUGACUUUAUUUCAAUUAAUUAUUUGUAGUGCUCACUGUGUGGUAUGCUUUACUCUCAUAAUCAAACUUCUGUAAGCGACCAGCUCCCAAAAGGUCACAGGUUAGUGGUUGCUUACUGGACAGCCAGUUGUUUAAAAACACAGGGUUUCUCCAGUGGGAACAGGUUUGAAACAUCAGCAUGUUUACAACAAAAAUGUAUUCAAAGAGAAUUAAAAUUAUAAUAAUCUAUUGCAUUCAAUCCUGUUGUUCAAGACUUGCAGUGCUUUGUUGCAGACUUGCCAUUCCUCCAAGAGGCAAAAAAAAUCUUAAGGUUAUGAACCUUACACGUAGAGGUGGAAAAAGUAGUGAGAACUUGGAAAUAGUUGUGAGAUGUCCCAAAUUUCCUCGCGGAAGGCCUUUAGCAGUGAUUUUGGGUUUUACAUGAGGAAGUCCCAUAUCCAUCAGGAUUAGUAAACAUGACGUAGAUAGUGUACCGAGUUGGCAACUCACACAUUUUCUAAUCAAAUGCUCCUGUUAGGCAUUUUCUUUAGAUAGAGUUUGCUUGCUACCUUAUACUGAAAUGAAUUCUAGAAAUAGUCCAAAAAUAUUUGGAGUGUGACUUUCAAAAAAGUGUGAGAAAUCAGUUGUCAACUCAUGAUGGGGUGAGGUAGGUCGUGAAAUUGUGAGACUCAUACAUAUAUGACAAAGUCGUGAGACUUGGCAAGUCUGCUGUUGUAACUGAAGGUCCCUCAAUACAGUGAGUGUACUUUGAGUGAGUAUAGCAUAGUUCAGACAAUGAACAUACAUGUACUUAGAUAUCAAAGCAUAAUUAUGUCAAGUGGUCGCUUGCAAGAGGUUUAUUGAAAAAUUGAUUGUGGUUGGUUGCUAGCUAUGACAGGUUAUGAGAUGUUCCAACUACAGAGCGUGGAAAAGGAAAUAUUUCCUUAGUAUUUUGUCUUGACUAUUUGGUCAUGGGAGUUGUUCACUUAACCCUUUAAGUCCCGAUAGUGACCAACAUCAAUUUUCUCUUAACAAAAUCCAGUAAUUGUCAAGAGAUAAUUAUGAGAAUUAACAAAUUAUCACCAAAGAGAAAAUACCUUGAUCUGUUAUUAAAUUCUCUCAACUGACUCUUAAAGGAAAUGUAUGGAGAUCAGUUUGGAGAAUUUGUAUGUUGAUAUUGGGACUUAAAGGGUUAAGAGAGGUUUCACACAUAAAUCAUGAUCGUAUCUUUUAAUGUUAAAAUGCGCAAUAAAAGCAGUAAAUAUUAUUAUUAUUAUUAUUAUUAAAGGUUUGACUGUGCAUUUAGAUAAUUAUAGUUGUGCAUAUUUUGUUUUGUCUAGAUCAUAAUAAUUAAUUACACAGAACUGAUGCUACUUCAGUAGCACUGAUCAGUAUAUGCAAACUUCUUUAUACCAAGAACUGCAUGUAAUAUUUCAUGUGCAAAGCAUUGUGGAAAAAGUCACAUACAUGAUGUAUUCUCUCUUAUAAAUUUCCUUUAAUUUUUUUUAGGUUAUUUGGUAUCAUCACUAUUUCUGAGUGAGGAUCAUGAACUUAUUGUGUUGCUGAUUAACACCCUUCAAAAGGUUUGUGUCAUUUUAAAUCUGACAUGUUCAAUGUUAAGAACAUUUUGUGUCUGGGUUGAAUACUUCAAUCAGCCUGAAAAAAAAAUUAAAAGCAAAAGGGUGCAUGCUGGAAAAGACCUCAAAGAAGUGAACUUUGAGAUAAACGUUGCCUUUCUUGUAAUAACAGUACAUGUACAUGUACAACAAUUGGCCGACAGACUUUUAGGGGAGCUCUUCUUCACUUUCACCUUCUCCCAAACUACUCCCUGCUCUCUCAUACUUAUCCCAGGCUAUACCCUGUACAUUUGAAACCAACAUGGCUGCCCACAGGGGUAAACACCUGAUCUCGACAUUCUUAACGAAAAAUAUAGGGCAAUGUGUCAAGGAAUAAUUAUUAUUUAUCCUAGUAAAGCUAGUUAGUAAAAUCAAUUUUCCAUUUUUUAUCAGGAUCUUUGUAGUACUAAUGUCUUAGAGGUUUGCUUUGCUCUGACUGUUGUUUGCAAGUUGAUCAAUAAGGAAAUGAUGCCUGCAAUACUACCAAAAGUUUUGGAAUUACUUCAGUCUAAAAGGUUGGUCAGGCAUAACUUCUUUUUACUAAUAUUUUGCUGGGUUCUGUCAGUAACUGAAUGAAAGAGUGAAUGAAAAUCAAUCAUCUAGUCCAUCAAUCGGUCAAUUGUUAAGCAAGCAAUCAUUAAUCGAUUACUAGUCCAAUUAAAAUGAUCUUAAACAUAAUUAAAGUCAACUAGCAUUGGCAAAAUAGAAAUAAUGAUGAUACAGGAAACUGUCAUUAUCAUGUAGUCUGUGUUGCUGACAGGGUUGUGAUGAAGGGAUUUUUUGCCACUCCGCUGCCAAAAAAACCGCACUUGCCCGCUAAUCCUGCUGGCUACAAAGGCUAAUUACUCAUGUAUCAUGUGAUGGUUAAGCGUCUGCGAAAGAUACGAAAAUCAGCAUGUUCUCAGUCAUGAGCUCUUUAGGUGGGAUUUAAAUGACCUUCCUCAUUUUGAGCUUGUGCACUAUUCACUGAGAUAUGUCAGGGCGGUCAUUAGACAGUUUAAGCUUCUAGUAUACAGCAAACGUCAGAGUCAAGUUGAGAUUUUCUCAAAAUAGAAAAUGAGCAGAUAAAAACAGCUCAAAACAAUUCUUGUGGAGAAAAUUGCGUGAAACUACUAAUUUAUGAGUAGAAGUAAUGAACAGUAAACGACAAGUAACGCAACCUCGUCCCCAGGGAGGGAAAAGCCCUGGGGAGGAGGUUGCAAGUAACGGGGAAAUUUGGUCACGUGGUAAAAAUUCGCGUUUGCCAAUUGACGCAAACGUGAUGCUUAACCGUCUCUAUUCAGGGGCACCCAACGACAAUUUUCGUAAAAUAUCUGUUCGGAAGACGAUUUGAGAUCUAGAAUUUCGGCACAUUUGUUGUUAAAUUUCUUGCUUGCCCGCCUCUCCUAGGAUUUUCGGACCCCCCCAAAAUGGUAUAAUUGCCCAUUUUUAACGGAUUUUUACCCUAAAAAGGUCACCUAGAUUUUUCGGGAGCCUUUUUUCUGGCUGAAAUUUUCGAAAAGGUAAGUUUUGAUUCCUAUAAUUUUCGGAUCACUAGACUUUCAGCUAGGAAAUCCGAACAGAUAAAAAAUUUUUAGGGGAUGAAAAUAUGGCUAUAUCUACCGUUUAAAUACUAAAAUACGUUCAACAAUGCUACGUUUAAGUGGUUUUGAACUAUAUUCUCGUUGGGUGCCCCUGUCUAUUAAGAGGCGGGGGCCGGUGAUUUCCCCCGGCUACUAUGAACCUGGCCCCCGCCAACUUUCUCCAGAAAACAGAAAAAAAAAAUAAAACCAAAGAAAUCCCUAUCUGUUUUAUUUCUCGCCUACUUGUUGUAUUUACCUGGCAACUUGAAAUCUUAGCGAUACAGUUAUGUAAAAAGACUCAUGGAGUCCAAGACCACGUGCUAGUUUAAUGCAGUCUGCUUCUCUAGGUACAUGUAAUAACUAUGUGUAUGCGUAUCUAUGAUUACCUGAACACAUGUAGCUGGUGAAAAUUUUGUGAUGUUUACAUUAAGGUUUUUCUUAAAAUUAUUUCAUCUGUUCUUUUUAUUAUCAUUGUGGGCGACAAGAGGAGCCCUCAAUCCUAAUCUCCAGGUUGUUAUUACGCAUGCGUCUCGUGUAUGUAGCCAGCAUUCGUUUGGACUUCCACUAAGAAUGAAUGGUAUGCACAGAACGCAAUUUGAUCGCGCGCCUUUGGACAUCCUAUCACUCGUAAUCUAAUCACGCGUGUUGACUAUCUGUUACGUGAAACUUACGCAAAGCGCAGCGAUGGAGCAAAAGCGUAAAAAACGCCUGAUCGCAGGGUUACCGAUCGUUGUCGCCCGCACUCGGUAACCUUUUGUUAUUGCUAGUAUGUAUUAUUAAAUGAGAACAAAAAUUUUAACUUAUAUCAUUUUUACCUCCCUGUUUUGUUGUAGUACUUUUAUGUACGGUAUGUAGUUGUACAUGACGAUACGUUUGUCAACAUGGUGUGUUUUUAUCAGGGAUAUUGUGCGUAAGAAGGCAGUUAUGGCACUACACAGUUUUUAUAUGAAGGAUCCAUCAGCUAUUCCUGAUGUGGUAAACCUUGUAACAAAGGCAGUUCGUGAUAAAGACCCUGGUGUUAUGAUAGCAUCUCUGCAGUUAUUCUUUGAACUGAUAAAGGUAAAAAGAACUGCUGGCAACAUUGAUUGCUCUAAUUUUAUUUCGCCCACUUCAAAACACAGAUACAGCUGUGCAGGCGAAUGCUGCAUCAAGAGAAAGGCUAAUAUUUUUUUUCGUCUCAAAUAUUGUAUGCUAUGACAGACCUAGUCAAAGUUGACCAAUCGGAUUGCGGGAAAAUAACAAUACAUUCCGAGAAAAUUAGUUGUCAAUCAUAAUUACGACGAAACGAAACCAACAACAUGGAUUGAAAUCGGCCAAUUACAACCUACAGACGUGAUCUUUUGAACCCGGUGAAGAAAGUCUGUGUUUCCUGAGAGGUCUGUUAGAGUGAAUGACAGACUGAGGCGAAAAACGUAGACGUUUGUUACAUUUUUGGCUUGAGGUAGCAUGUUAUUGCAAAGCGCGGCAAUGUAGCAGAGAAACUGCUGUUAGAUGACAAAAUACAAGCUUGUGUUGUAUGUAAUGUUUCGAAUAGAAAAACAUUGUCUGGUAAAACAUUUUGCUUUCUUGAAAAACGUUUUCUCUUGAUAUUUAAAUUUUGUGCUUCGAGUAACUCAUUGUUUUUUACGAGCUGCUGAUUGGCCCUCAACCAACUUUCUCGGAAUGUAUUUUUCUGUUAUACGAUUGGUCAACUUUGUCUGUGGCCCCAGCUACAGUACUCGCACUGUCAGGGUUAAGAAUGGAUAAAAUAAGAAAGUUGCGAAAUUUUACAAACGUAUUGUGGGGUCCAAGUUUGAACCCUCCCUUCAGUUCGUGACAUUGUGGAGUUGUAUCUUCGUUAGUUUUUAAGAUAUCACUCCGAAACUUGGCGAUUUUCCCAUUUUUAUACGCUCCUUUAGCUGUGGUCACGGUUUUUUUGUAAACCGAUCCUUGUCACAAGUUGAAAAAAUAACCGUGAAAGGGUGGUAUUGUCAUGUUAGCAAUGAUCAUGUUUAAAGUGCUACUACGAUCAAAAUUUAAUGUCAAGUUUGUCACAAAAACGCUUUCUUUUCAGCUUAUCAGAAGUAACUGUACCUGUUUCAGUCAUUGAAAUGAACUUAGACGUUACAAGACGUUAUAUGGGGAGUAAUUGUUUCAAAAUGUUGUGUUUUGUGAACUUAAAAUACAGAUAAAUUUCAACUUUUCUUCAAUGGGAUGAAUGAAUCAGUCUCACUACAGUUAUCUUCCUGUUGGAUUGGGUGGGAUUUUAUUGUCUGGGGCAAAUUUUGCCACAGUUAUUGCAAAGUAAAAUACACCCUAUAGUGCCCAUAAUGUCAGUUUGGAACUCAUGGAAUAAAGCAGUCAUACUUUAGGAAAUAAUAUAAAUUGGAGGUGGAUAUGUAUAUGUAUAGUGCUUGCCGGUGUUCGUGUCGUUUUGUAUUGACAGGAAAAUCCAACUAAAUUCAAGUCCUUGGCCUCAUCUUUUGUAAGUCUUCAAAAGAUAAUCUUAGAGGGCAAAGUGGCAACUGACUACGACUAUCAUGGAGUGGCAGCACCUUGGAUACAAAUUAAAAUUUUAAAGAUACUGGGAUUGUUAGGAGCAGAUAACGAAAAGUGAGUCAACAAGAAACCCCAGUGGUCUUUGUAGAACCACAGGCAUCCCAAGCUCCCAUUACGAGAUAGAAUGGAAUUCGCUUUCUGUGACACGAGCGAGUCGGUAUCGCGCUACAGGCUAUCUUUGAGACGUUCACAUGUAUGAGAAAUAAAAUACUGAGAUCUGCGAGCGCUAAAUAUCGAUAAAUUUAACAUUUGUUUUUAUAAAUUGAACAAAGAAGACUUACCUGUGAUGUUUUCCUGUGUGUUCUGGUCUGAAUUUAUUCAUUUAACUGACUUUUUGGCUUUAAUGUGUGACCCCUGUAACUCCACCCAUAUUCGUCUUAUGAAUGGAUUGUAUGUAUUUUAUUUCUCAUGCAACAUCUCAAACGGUGGACUGUCACGCGAUACCAACUAGUCCCAAAAUGUGAAUUACAUUCCACUAUCGUAACGUGAGCUUGGGACGCCUGUAGAACUUCUCCAGUGGUAACAACUGUGUCCCCCAUAGACAAUUGGUGAAUAAAAAUGUGCUAUAAUUGGGCAAGCGUGAGGUCAAGGAGGCUGGAUAUUGGCCGAAGGGCCUUUUUGCGUUUUUCAUCAAUGUUCAUAAAAAACGCUAAAAACAGCAACAACAAAAUCAAAGUAAUAAUAGCAUCAGCAACAACAUCAAGAACAACAAAAAACAAAACAGUAAAGAACAACAAGGCCAACAUUCAACCGAACAAGAUUCAGAUAAAGAUUGCAGAUUGUUUGUUUUUUUUGUUUUGCAAGAGCAGGAAGGAAAAGGGAAUAGCAAAUUACACAAAUCAUGAAAGGUAAAAUGUGCGCAGUGACCAAAGAAGCUUAGGCAAAAAUGAUUUGUUCUAUUUCUUUUCUUGCUCGCUCGGUUAAUCAAUUAGAGUCAGGGUUCGCUUCAUCUUGCCCGCUCGCGCAGCUAGCCAUAGCAAUAAAGUAGCCUGUUCCAUUAGCGCGUUCGAUAGUGGAGCUCGCGGAUAAAAUGUAAAGACUACAUGUCUGCAGCGCAGACAGCAGAAGGAUUCGAAUCUUUCUCGUGACCUUAAUUAUAAUACUGCAACUUUAUAUUUUGCAGAGCUAGCAAGCAAAUGUAUGCGAUACUAGGAAAGACUUUGUCAAAUCUAAACACCAGCUCCCCUAUCAGUUAUGGUAAGUUUUCCCCAUCUCAAGUUAAACGACCUCUUUACUGUGAUUGGAAUGUCAUCGGAGUUUACAACAUUGUGGACAACUACUGACUCUCAACUAAAAAUAUAGUUCAGUCCUAAGUGCAUAGAUUGCAUGCUAUCUUUGAGUUGAAAAAACUUUAAUCCUCUCAGUCUGUAGUUUAAUUGUUGAUUAGUUGCAACCCAAUGUUUAAGGUCAUUAAUUAAAAUUUUCAAUGCUCCAAACUGUUCUCGUUAAACCUCGAUCUCUUUUUCAACCUGGACAGGGUAUGGUUUUCAGGGUCUUGUGCUUUAAACAGGUUAAACAGGUUUAAACGUCUUGACCAGGGUAUCUUUCUGGACCGAAGCCCUUUGAAGAGAAUGUAAAGGUUGGGUGUGGCUGGUCUACAUUUUGUGGUUCCAGUUUUUUUUUAUUGUCCAAAAAAUCUUGAUGUUACAUUAAAAAAUUACUUCAUCGAAUCAAGGAAUGUUAAGGCUGGGGGUGGCUGGUCUACAUUUUGUGGUUCCAAUUUUUUUCCAAAAAAUCUUGAUGUUUCAUUAAAAAAUUACUUCAUGGUCCUAUUAAAAGUAAGGUUUCUUCUGGGUUUGAAGGCCUCAGUGGUACACUUCUACCCAAAACGUCUCUUUGAGUUGUUGCACGACUUGUACGGAAAGAAAAAUCUAAUGCACGUGAGAUGUAACUACACAUUUUAAUUUAAAAAAAUCGUGAUUCUACUUUUUUGCUAAAACUUCCAUGUUUCUUGGCGUUCUCUCUAUUUGCUGUAGCUGUGGCUUAUGAAUGCUUGAGGACGAUAACCAGUAUUUAUCCUGACAAAGGUUUGAUUGAUAAAGCUGCAAAGUGUGUUCGGGUAUUCCUUGUGGCCAAAACUAAUGACAUCAGAUACAUGGGUAAGUCUAGAUUGUUCCAGUCCUCUAUUUUUUCAUAAUAUCGAAAGGAUCGAGCGCUUACCAGUACGGGUGGACAUUUUGGUUUCAUGUGUACGGAGGGGCCGGGCUAUACUGUAUACUUGGCAAUCGCUCGUUCUGCAUACAAGUCGAUUCGUCUACACGAUUUAAGCUUUUUCUCCUACACUAAAGUUUACACCCAGCCUAAACAUUGUACAGUGAAGUGUGUGAAGUGAAGCUGACAUUCUGAAAUGUGUAGGCGAAGCAACUGAAAUCACAUUGCGAAUCGACCUCAGUGUAGGCAAAUCGACUUGUAGACGAAACGACGUUUGGGCGAAACUUUAAAUACAGCCGCCUUUCAUGGCUACCGAUUACAGGGGACGUUUCGCGAGAGACUUGGGGUGUGAUAAGAGGCGGCUGUAUUUGCAGGCUGGCCAUACUUCAGUUAGUAUUGCCUUCAGUCUCGGAACCAACCACUCGGAACCAACGAUUUUGAUAGUUGAAUUUCGUUUGAUCUCUAUAUCAUUUUGAUAGUUGAAUUAGUACAUAUGCUUUAAAUCUCUCUUAUUUUAAUAAAUAUAUUGAACGAGUCAUAAUGUGGAUCCGUUUCCAAUAACAAUUUACAACACCAGCUUGUAAAAGGAACUAUGGCCUUCGAACGUUUUUAACCCGUUUUGGAACGCUCUUGACCCUAAGGACUCUCCCAUAAAAUUUAAAAAUUCUUAUUUAAACUUUUAGUUUGAUUUCUUCUCUUGAUCAUUUUAAGAUUCCUUUUAGUUUCAUUAGUAGUCAAUUAAUCAAUAUUGUAUUAAUAGUAGUUUAUUAUGUAAUUUUAGUUGGUAGAUUAUAUUGGUAGUUAAUUAAAUAAUCAGGAGGGCCAUUAUGAAAACCUGGGUGACCAGUAAUGAUCAUGCCGUUAAAUAAAAUUCUCUUAUCGUUUCGGUGAACGAGUCUGUGGUCUUUGUAAUUUUAAAUCAAUAUGAGGCUGUUUAACCCUUUCAACCCUAGGAUGAAAAUUUGAAUUAGUGGGGAGAAGUUGAUAAAAUAUCAAAAUUUGAUCAUGCCUGAUCAUUACCACUCUGUUUUACAAAGCAUGGUUUAAAUUUGAUGCUGAUUAACUUAGGGUUUAAAGGGUUAACUGAGUUUGCUUUACACAGGGAUAAAGACACUGACAUCUCUGCUACAAGUGGGCAGUGGAUUUGUUUUGGAACCAGCGUAUCAAAGAGUCAUUAUCGACUGUCUGAAUGAUCCCGACGAGACACUCAGGAAAAAGGUAUGUGGGCUAUUUAUUUUGUGAAUAAAGGGUUUAGUGUCUAGAGAGACUGUGGUGAAGGUGAAAAAUGCCAAAAUUUAAUUUCUCAACUGAGUUGAUUAUGUUGUUUUGGUCAUCUUGCGUUCAAUUUUGUCACAGUGUUUCUAUAUUCUGUAUUCUAUGUUCCCGAGGUUUAUGGUUUACAUUUGCAAAACCGAACUGCGACAGCGCCGUGAAAUCCGGAAGAGUGUAGCCCCCCAUCUGUCAAGGCGUAGCACUCAUUCUUAUUUUAAACAAAUAGUAGCUUUCUUAAAAUAUUUAUUAUUAUUAUUAUUCAUUCAAAAUAUUUCUCCGUUUCUGAUUGGCUAAAAGCAUAUGCAGAAUUCACCAUAACCAGCUACUGUUGACCAAAUUUGGAAGAAUUUUGCGAUUAAUUCUCGGCUUGCACUGUCACGCAAUGAAAAAUAAAAAUGCAAACCAUUCAAUAUAGAGGGACUAGAAUCUGGGAACUGAAAAAACAUAAAUAUACAAAAACCCUUGCCAAGAAUCAGGUCUGUGAAAUAUUUCGAAUGCGAGAUAUUGGGAAAAACGGUUUACCUGAAUUUAUAAAGCUUUGUAUGGAAACGCCAUGUUGGUGUCCCUUUCAUGAACACCAAUAUGGCCGCCGGAUACCAACAGAAACAUCUGUUUUCGAGUUUUCCUACUAAUGCAUGAAUUCUUCGCUUGAGGAACUCACAAAGAUUACAGUAAUAUUUAUUCUGAGACAAGGAAUGUGUAGAUUGCAAAAUCUCCCAAAAUCGGUAAUGUUUUUAACCCACAUAAGAGCUUUCCAGGCCGCCAGCUAAAUGCCGUGUCACGCAAAAGCCUGGAAAUUCAAGCGUCCUCUCUUGCAAAACGAAGAACCCUUUCGAACCAAAAAUUUGUUUAUGUAAAGGUGUUUAGGUACUGUAAUACCUCGUGAAAGUAGAAACUCAGAAGAAUCGAUAGUUUCUUAGUUUGAUUUUUGGUGACGUCACGUGCAACCCAAGAAUUGACGUCAAAAUGAUGACGUCAAAAGUGCAGCACGGUUGCAGUUUAAUGCACCGUUAACCGAGAAGACCUGGGGUGUGUUGCAGAUCUCGGAGGGUGUUAUCUAGCCUGUUCCAGGCUCCGAGAUAGUAUGGCCCGCGGAAUUGAGAAAGUUUUCGCACGCCCUACACUUUCGCGUCUUCCCCACUAUCUGAGACCCUACACCCUCCUCGAUCUGCAUAAUUCUUCAUAUCUACUGAGCCUCAUUCAUUAAUUGUUAAAUAUAUAUCUUGUAGUCUGGCCCAGUAAAGACGGGUCCCUGACCACCUACCCCUCCCCUAAGCCAACAUUUUGCGCUAAGUGAGAAGUCAGUGAUAAUGUAGGCUUAGGGGAGGGGUAGGUGGGCAGUAAUUGAUUCAUGUCUCUCAAAAAGAAGUAGCCUGCGUAGCAGGUGCUUGGAAGUAGUGGGCACAAAAAAACAACGGGCGCGCGAGAAGGAGACACGCGAGGGGAGAGGUACCCCUCGCGUGUCUCCCUCGCGUGCGCCCGUUCUCUCUUUCGCCCACUACUUCCAAGCGCUUGCUACGCAGGCCAAAAAAGAAGAAAAGAGAUGUGAUAGGAAACCGCGGGUAUCCGAGAGAGAAAUGUCGAGUACAUUUUUAAUACUAAGAUAAUGAUAACGAUAACUUGCGAGCACUUAGUGUACUUGAUACACCUUUUUGUAAUCUCUUUGCAGACAUUGGAUCUUCUUUGCCACAUAACAAAUGCCUCAAACGUGGAAACAGUUUGUGAGAAGUUGUUGGCAUACCUGAAGUUAACAACGGAUGCCGAUGUACAUUUUAAAACAGAGUUGGUUGACAGGAUCACGGAACUUUCUGAGAGAUAUCCUUUAAAACAUGCAGAAAUAUUUCACUUUGUAAAAGAUGGUAGUUGCACAUAAACUUUCCCUGCCACCCAUGAUUCCUUAUUACAUUUUCACUGUUCAGGUACUAGUGAGCGUCGUACAUGAACAACCGAUUUCUUUGCAAUUGGCCUGUCAUUUCAAGUUUGCCCGCCUUGCUAUCGAAAAGUGGUUGAUGGAAACGUUACUCUUGAGUCGAGAUUGCGUGACAAACAUACGUCAGUUUCUGUACCCGAGAAUGAUCUUGAAUCCGACUUGGUGAAACUGAAUGCCAAUGAUUCUGCGUAUUAUUGUUCUAUCAGCAAUAUCUUACGGUAUAAUUAUCCUUAACUUGUUGUCAAAUAUGCUCCAGAUAAUUCGUGGUACAUUGUGACAAUGAAUGAGGUGUUUGAACUGGGUGGAUCACUUGUACGAGAUGCUGUGGCUCAUAACAUGAUGCGACUUUUAGCUGAAGGUUAGUUGUGGUCACGACUUAAGUGAUUGGCUUUACCUACAAAAUGAGUGCACCCAUUCAACUAAUUUACAUGAAUAAAAGCCCCGCUAUCUAUGCCAUGUGUUGUGUUGCAUUUGAAGUAGUGAACUGCCCGAAUGCUGAGAAAUAAUUCUUUCUUGUGUCAAAAUGAAUGUGCAAUGUAGGGGAGUUUCACACGCUCGCCAUGUUUGUUUGAUUUUGCGCACGCGAAGCUAGGUCAUUGUGGACAAAAUAGGUGAAGUAAUUGACCAAUCGUAGGGUAUAUCAGGAGCUGGUAUACCGGAAUGAGGUAUUGAAGACAAUGCCUUCAGGCUCCACUUCCCGGUCUCUCCCCAGUCCCCACGCGGGUCUCGCUCACCUUUUGUCGAUCCGCUUUCCCUCCUAUCUUGGAGCCUGGAACAGGCUACAUUGCAUUGAAUCAUUCUUUCAUCAACAGGAACUGAGGACGAAGAUGCAGAUUUCGACCUACGUCGAUUUGCUGUUAAUUCCUACAUAGAUCUACUUGAAAAACCUGUUUUGCCAGACAUUCUGAUACAAGUAAUUUGCUGGGUGAGUUUUCAGUGAACUACUUUAUUGCCUUACAAAGUUCAACAGUAACCACUGACAGUAAUCCCAAAGGCGAAAUUUUACUCUGAAUAUAUUAAAAAGAAAUUAAGGUUGUGCUCAUGCAGCGCGUGGUGGCCCGUUGCGUGUACCUUCUGCUCCUGGGCGACUAGAAAAUUUUGUUUUUUUGUUUUUUUGUUUUUGUUUUUGUUUUUGUUUUUGUUUUUUUCAUAAAAGUCAUGUGCUGGGCACCCUGGAUUUCACAAGUUCAGAUCGCUGCCCAGCUCCCUCCAAUUUUUGUUAGAGCACAGCCUCGGAAAUAAUCAAUCACUCAGAUGCAUAUCAAAUAGACAUGAAAAGGAGAGUGUUUUAUUCGAUAUACAGAUAGGUCGAAGUUGGUUAUUUAAACGUAUAGUUUGUACUUCGUUUUUGGUCUAGGGUGGAAAAAUAAACACUUCUUCUCGUGUUUCCUUCAUUUCACUGAUGCGCGUCGCAACAAAAAACAGAAAAUAACAGAAAAUAAAAUCAACUGUUGGAUAUAGUAUGAUCAAAUAAACGUAAUUAUGGUCACUUUAAGGCGAAAAAUCGAAGAUCCGACGGGUUGACGUGAUUGGAUGCCGCCACUGUUGCCAAUAUAGUAAUAAAUAACUUUUAGUUUUCAGAAGGAAUACUUUGUAAUGAAAAGACAAAGUGAUGACAGAAUUUCCUUCGCCGUUUAAUUCAAAGACCGAUUUUUGCUUUCUUAUUUAAAGGUCCUAGGUGAAUAUUCAUACACGCUCUCGGAACUGGACCCUCAAGUCAUUCUUCAAGAAUUGUUUUCUUUGAUGGAAAGGAAAUUUGAAGGUAACAUCGAAAACGAACUUGCUUCAAAUCAAAUGAAUGCUUGAUAUGACUCCCUAAAAUUCAAGAAGUCGGGCUUUGGUUGUAGAUCCAUUCACACGGACUUACAGUACACCGUUUUCGUUUUCAUCAUAGCCUACGUGCGUGCAGACGUCUCCUUUUUUUGUUACUCCUUGGGCAACAAAAGUAUAGGAGACGUCUGCACGUGGGCUAUUUUUAGCAUUUGUUUGUUGCAUAAAUAACAGAGAACAUGGAGGCGGAUAAGAGUGUUUGACCAGUAGAAGGAGCAGUCGAGACCGCAUACUGAAGAGGCACAGUCGUAUUCCAGUUUCGUCUCGUAUUCCUAGUUUACCGAGACUCAACGCUACAAAAACUUAGCUUAUGCCCAUCGGUGUGAUAAAGAAACGCACAUACGAUGUUUUAAUAUAAGAAAAGUCGUUCAGUUCUGUCACAUACCUGGGCAAAUUCUCCGUUACGUCCUCACUUUCAUUGCACGUGUAUUGCAUUGUUGUUGUUGUUGUUUUUUAUCCUCUCUUGUCAUUACCCUUCUCUUAAGAUUGUAACCGUAGGGUGGCUUCAACUUGCAGAUCCCAGUACCAAGCCCUGGGUCGUGAGUGCUAUUGGAAAAGUGACUUCUCAGAUGGGGCAACUCUUGGAGAGCACGAGAGAUGUGUUAGAAAAACACGUGAGGGGCGUGGAUGUUGAGCUCAGACAGGUAAGAAAGUGAACAAUGGGCAUAUUUUAUAAUGCAUUAUGUUUGUUGUUAAACAGGAAAAGGGACCUUUAGAUUCUAGGACGAAAAAGACCAUGGGUACGAGAUUUGGCUUAGAGUUUCUUUGCGUAUUCUCAAAUAAUAGUCACCCCGGAAAGCUUCAUUGUAUUUCUUUUUCACAAAAGAAGGCUGUGUUUGGAUGAUAGGCAGCUGGAGCAAACUCAAGAGGAACGUCUCGUGGGACUGGAUUACGACCCCUCCCUAUCUUGGUCAUCCCACAUAGCUAAUCUCAGGAAAAAAAUUAUUUAAUGCUAGUAUUAAGCCUAUUCUUGAGUACUGUGUUUCCGUUUGGGGAAGUUGUAAUGCAGGAUUAUUGGAUGAGAUUUUUAAAGUUCAAAAAAGGUGUGCUCGUGUUAUACUAGAUGCUCCGUUUCAGGCUAGAAUCCUGCCGCUAUUUCUGGAACUUGGGUGGCUACCCAUUAAUCAAAUCUGCAUUGAAAGAAGACUGCUUCUGCUCAACAAAAUCUUGGAUGGAUGUGCACCGGAUUACCUCACUGAGAAACUGUUACCUUUGAAAUACCACAAGUUUCAUGAUACAAGGUCUCUUAUCACCUCCCUAUUCCACGUGCCAAUAGCAUGAAGCGAUUGUUCCUUUACAAUGCAGUUAAACUGUGGAAACUGUGGAAUAAUGUUGUUUCUUACGGUGUUCCCUUUCUUUAACUAUCUGCAGCGUUGUUCAGAAAUCCAGGAACUCUCUCAGAACACGUUCCUUUGGCAAAGUGUUCUUCCUAUAGAUGGCUGUUGUGAAGAUCUGGAGGUUAGUUCAGUCAAGUGAUUGAAAGAUAGGCUCAUUUUGCCCGAUCGGGUAGCCACCAAUCAAAAUACAGGAUUUGCUUCAUCUUGCAUGCCCGGGGAUUCAGCCAUAGAGUAAAGAUAUGUACUAUUGCACCGCUGAGAUGGGUGGGCGGGUUUUCAAGCAGUUUCAGUACGGAGUGGAAAUCAGGGGAUUGCUGAUUGGUAUGAAAAACGGAGUUUUUGGUACAUAAUCAGACUGGGAUAUUGUAGGUACUUUUGGUGCCUCGACUAAAAUAGGGUCGCAAAAUUACAGCUGAACAUUGCAGGAAGAUGAUGUUGGUAACUGUUUCCGCUGAAACAAUAAAAGUGGCCCUGAUGGAGAGUGUGUUGGAGGUUCAACUAUUUUGAGCUGGGGUAGGGUGUGAGUGGAGUUGAUAAGUCUAGUGUUCUAACAUAACCUGUUUGCUGUGCGUGAAUCAUGUUUUCCUUCAAGGUGGACGAAUCUUUGUCUUUUCUGGAUGGCUUAGUAGCAGAGGCGCUGUCAAAUGGAAGUUCCCCUUAUAAACCAAUGAGUGAGCGAAGCAUUGAAAACAAGACCAAAGGUGAGUACGUAUUAUUUGCUGUGUAAUAUUGGAAUUAAUAAAUCUUUUCCGCUUGCAUUAUAGUUGAGGGGAAAAAGAAAUUAGUAUGUGUAAUCAAAUGGUGACGAGUGAAAUUAGGGAAUAAUUUCACUUGCGUUUUGUCCAAAUCCCAAUAAUUUCCCGAGCCUUUAGGCUCUUAAGGCCCUUUAGGUUCCCAAUAGGCUCUUUAAGCCCUUUAGGUUCCCAAUAAUUUCUCGAGCCUUUAGGCUCGGGAAAUUAUUAGGAUUUGGACAAAACGCGAAAUUAUUCCCUAAUUUCACGAGUAUACCAUUUGAUUACCUAUUAAUAUCAUGGGUGACGAAUUACGUUAGCAAUCUUGGAUUUUUGUCAUGUUUAUCCUGGAUCGUAUCGAUCGAGAACUCCACUCUCACAAAUGUUUAGACCUUAAAUUUGGCUUAUAAAGUUUAGAAUUUUUCAGAGUAUUUCGGCAAAAUACCAGUUAGAAUCCUUCCUGAUGUUCUCUUGUUUGUUCAGGUUUUCUGAAGCGUCUUUUUGUGCCAUGACAUCGUCAUUCAUGGCAUUUUAAAACUUCGUCGCCAUCUUGACACUGAGACGUACGGAAGAUUGCCAUGGCAAUUGUGAAAUUACAAAUUAACGCUGAAAUUUCGCGCCAAAAUUCAGGAGUAAUUCGUCACCUAUGAUAUUAUCUUUAUUAUUUUUAUUAUCGUUAUAACCUUCGAUCCAUUGAAGGUGGUGUCUUUUCUUUGCCUCAAUUUCGGUUGGUUCAGUGACUGAUUCAGCAUUUUACUUCUUGUGAUACACGUAAUCGUUUCCUUCUUUGCAGAACUUCCCGAUUCCCAUCCAGCUCUGAAUUUUGGACCAUACGAAAAUCCUUUGGAAAAAAACAGCAAGCCUUCUCCACAACCAGAAAUAAAGCCUGAAGUGGAAAAGAAAAGUAGCAGAUCUGUCGAUAAUACUAGUGAUAGCGAACCCAAAGUCAGCAAGAAAAACAAGAAAAACAAGAAAAAAACCAUUGAUGAACCUGCGUCUAGUAAAAGACUGUUUUCAGGUCAGGCCGUGUGGGGACCUAGCGGAUAUGCAAAAUAUCAAGUACGGUCUGAGUCGGUGGAUUCUAACAGUAAAUCGGAUUCGUCGUCACGAAGCACUGAAUCUGAUAAUGUAGUGGUGAAAACAAGUGCUAAGGUAAGGAACGAUCAAAACUAAGUUUCUUUACAUAGCAAUCAUUGUACGAGGGAUUUACCAACCCUACCUCUCACAGUUGUGUGACGUUGAGUAGCACUACCAAAUAAGGUAAUGAGCACGUGCGAGCUGAGUAAGCUAGGACUGGACGAGACGAAAAAAGAAAAGUGAGCGCGAGUUUUCCUUCGAGGUUUUUUCAUCGAGUUUGGUGAGAGUUUUGUGAGUUAGAUUGGAGCGGAAUAAACCAGGAAACCGUGUUAUUGUGAGUUCUAUGGGCUGUUUUAUUGUUCAGCUCAAUCAUUUUGGCGUAUAUAGUAGAGAAGAUUGUGAUGUUGUAAAUCCCUCGCUCCUCGUCAAGGCUUCUAGGGGGUUUGGACUAAUAGUUUGGAAAAGGGCUUAGCAGCAAAUGCAGAGAGCUAGAUGGCUAUAAACCUGGCCACUUUCACUGAAUUUUCAGCUCAUCGAUUAAGAUCACGUGACAGUACUCAACGAGUCUGUCGUUUUCUUAUUUAUACAUAUUUAUGCUCGUGCUUACCCUUGAUUUCAAACAAGACAAAGGGACAAAUCUCCUGAGAAGGUCUACAGCGACUAAUAAGCCCAAUGAGGUUAAAGAAAAAAUAACCUAGCUACCAACCACUAGUUAUUUUCCCCUAUUAAUCAUGUUGUUUUGGCGUUUGUUUUUUGUACUAGGCUAGUACUAGUUCUGCUAUGUCGCUUGAAGACGAGGUUCGCACACAGCAACUGGCCGCUCAGCUUUUCAGCGGUGUUGCAGAAAAACAACGUUCAUCUGCGGGCAGGGGUCAGUUGGCAGCAAGGAAACCGUUGAGACAUUCAAGAAAAACAAACAUUGGAGUUCCUGAUCCUGAAUCACCAGUUGUAGAUAACCAACUUCAUUCAUCGCAACGUCCUGUGUUCAGGAGAGAAAUAGAAAACACGAAUGUAGAGCUUUUGUAUGACUUUGACAGCGUUAAAGUUAACGACAGCGUAGAAGCAACAGAACGUUCUAAAACUUACACCAUUCAAUCAUCUAUAGACGUGGCGCCACCGCAUGACAAUCAUUCCUUUGAUAUUCCAGAACCAGCCUUCCAAACCGAUGAUCAUUUGUUCGGGAUCACUGGUAACGAUCCGGGCGUGACUGUUCCUACAAGUGACGAGGAUAGUAGCAAAUGUUUACCCUUAAGUCACAAUGAUUCUCACAUGUUAUUACGUACAAGUCACGCUGAUACUGGUCAUACGACUACUGAACAGGUAAGACUUGUUAGCUUCGCGUAGAUUUAAAUAUUUUUGCUUGGAAAACUUUGUGAUCCAUUUUUCUUUCUUUUUACAUCAUAGUAAUGCAAAUCUUUGUCACUUUAAAUAGCUUUAAAUAUUUUCUCUUUGUAUAUUUUUUAUACCCAACUUUUCUGUGAAUUCAGAGCCUAUUCGCCCCAUGUAAGGAAUUUGGGAAACUUUUGCUUGUGGAAUCAGGAAUCCUGGGCUUUGUUAUCCGUAAUUCAGCUCAAAGAAUCCAGAUUCCUGCUGACAAUUAGAAUCCGGAAUCCAAGUUCUAUUGACAGCGCAAACGGAAUCCAGUGCCUAGAAUUCGGGAUCAACAACGUGAAAUUCAGCAUCCAAGACUGUCUUGGAUUGCCUUCCUUGGGAAAAGCCUGCUGUCAGUCUGCUGCAACUUUCCUACCCAUUCCCUUAAAUGAUUUGAUCUAGUAGACGCUCCAUUGCUUGGCCAUACGCCGGCGUCGAAAUUCCCCCGUAUGGCGCACGGUACAUGUGACCAAGGCUUAUUUAAAGUACCUUCGGGUCGCACGGUAGAUAUUCUUGAUGCGUCAUAACUUUAAAAGCUCUGGACCCUUGUCCAGUGGGCAAUGGUCCAGGCAAAUCAUUAAUUUACUUAAUCAUUAAGCAAAGCAAGCACGCAAAUGGCGCAGCGUAACAAAAUGUCAAAAUUGCUUGUUGAAAGGACAUGCUUGAGUCCUUUAUUUUUCGAGCCCUGCAUGUCGUCAUUUGUAUACUAGAUUACUCUUGUAUCGAUUUAGUUGGUAUUUUUACUGAACACAUCGUGUACUCCCAUAAUUAUUUACAGAAAACGCAUUUGCUUGACGAGGAGAACACAGAUCAGCUUCCAUGUCUAGAGCUUAAAGGCAUCCCGUCGAUCUCAUUACCGGAAGACUUGGUCCAUUUUCCGCACUCUUCGGAAGCCGUUGAACUCUCUUGUGACAAUAACUUACGAGUUACUCUUAGGAAAGUCUGGAAACCAAAUGAACUUGUGCUCGUUCUUUUCCUAACCAAUCAAAAUCAAGUGAAUGCCCCAAUCCAUGACGUCACUAGUGUGUUUGAGCCACCCUCCAAUCUGAUUAGCUCGUUUGAUUCUUUGCCAAGUAACAAGCUUCAGGAUGAAAAAAUUGGCCCUCUUGAGUGGGUAAGAACGUAACUUUAGCCCAUGAUUACCUUUUUGUGUUAUGAGCACAGCAAAUUUAUAUUUGACAGUGUUAUAUAUCAUCUUUAUUGUCACAAGAUCCAGAUUAUUGGUGAAAUUAAUACUCUCAAAAAGUAUCUUAUUUUACUUAAUUUUUUUCUCCUUUAGUCAGUAAUAAAUCCCACCACUGUAUUGGACCUAACUUGUUCACAGUCUUAUUACAGUGAAGGGCAUUCACGACGCAAGGAAACAAGGCCUUGCUGUCAGGCCUUUCAAGGCCUUUCACACAUUCUUCCGAAAUUCUUAUGGUCCAAUGAGUUUGUGUAUAUGAAACCCUUAAAAAGUUGGAGAAUGAUUAAUCGAUGAAUGCAGCGCAUCCAUAGAUUUGGUGGCCUGUUGGAGCACCGCACACUCACUCACUGCGUGUCAUAUUUUUCUACUGCUAGGUGAGUCAUCAAGUUGUUUCAAGGUACAAGUCUCCGGCGCUUCAUAUGAACUUCGGUGGCAAGAUUUCAUAUAGAGACCCCAACAGGACGUUAAAGCAUCUAUACUUUAACCACACUUUGAGCGUCAGCGACAUUCUCCGGCCACUUGUGAUCACUACGGAGGAGUUUGCCCAGAAAUGGACUAACGCUUCAUUUGAAAAGAAGCAAAAGGUGUCGAGCUCAUUAAAGAACUGCCAAGAUCUCUCUGAGAAAGCUGAACACACCUUGAAACUUCACCUGGUGGAAAUAAUAGGUAAAAAAUAAAAUAGCCGGAGAACAGACUUCAUAGGCCCGCCGGGCGUGUAUCAAAAUUCCCAAGAAUUACUUGGCCUGGAAAUCUGUUUCUGGUACAUUGUUUGCAAAUAACAUAUUGAUAAAACUACCAGUCAGCAAGACAAAAUGGGCUGGUCUGUUGCUUUAUUCCUUAGAUUUUGUUUUUGAAUAUUUGAUAUCGGGCCCGAAAGGUUCUCGGGACUUUCGGGAAACGGGCCCCAGGGGAGUGUAAUAUGGUGAAAAGGGGAGGAACCAGCGAAACAGGUGUUAUUUAGCCCAGCGCAAAGAAGAAGCAUUCGAGAGAGAAGAACGUGGAAUUCAAGACAAGCCGGGUAACAAAAAAAAAAUCCUAUUGAACUCUCGUCUUAGCUUCUAUAUCGCGAGAUAAAAGAUGCGCUCGUUGGUGAACAAUCCCUUGCGGUCCGUUCUUAAUUGCGCACCCUGAAAAACUUUUUCCCACCAGUAAGUCAUUUGAGCCCUGGCCCCUAACCCAGGCAGGCGUUCUCGCCGCAAGUCCGCGCGCCCAAAUACCGCCUUCACUUUCAGUGGAAAACAGGGAUCCAUUGAUGACUCAGCCAAAGAUCUCAAAACAUUUAAAAGUUAUUGGACGUGUUUAUAUGAAAAAAAUUUUUUUUGUCAAUAGAUUUACAAGCUGAUUUUUGAAAAUGCAAUUUUAAGUUAUUGGACGUAUUAUAGAAAUUCAAUUUUUUUUAGUGCUUCUUUUUAGCUGCUGCCAUAUCUGCGAUGUAAAAAUACAGGCUUUUUUAACCGACACACUAUUUCUAUAUUAGGGUCUUGGUCCAUGAAACUCGGUGUUUAUAACGAAUAUUCUUUUUAUAUUUUCAGGCAAGAAGGUUAUUCUCUCCGGUACAGUGAUGCAGUCUGGGAUAUGUCUCUUACAUGCCAGCUUUGAUGGUGACGAGUUAGAACUGUCAAUCAAAUCGAAUAAUAGACUUCUAAAUGAUGCGGUACUGAAACAUUGUGGGACUGUCUUUAGAUGACGUCUACGUACCCUCUUCUUCACACCAGCGAGUGACACACAGAAAGCGCAAAACAACCUGCAAACAGAAUAGUUAUCGUGAGGACACAGUUCAGUGGUUUUUAACUAACACUACCUCAAAGGCGCAAAUAAAAUGUUCGAGAAACAGUGCAGAACUGCAUUAAUAUAUGUGAAAGAUAAUUAUAGUUUGAAAUAAAUAUUAAACAAGGC